AUGGCUCCGUGCGCUGCGUGUCUGUAUUGUGAGGUCAUGACGUUCUCGGCCCCCUCCCUCUAUAAAUACAGUGUCCCCGCGCCGGGGAGGGGACAGUUGCGGGUUCGUUGGGGAAGGAGUAGGACGUGUACCUCGCGGCUGGUAGGAGCGGAAGUGUUUUUAAAGGCUCCGUUCCUGAAAGUG